GGCCGGCGUCCCAACAUGGCGGCGGGCGGCGGCUGGCCGCUGGCGUUGCUGGCGCUGCUGUUGGCGGGAGUGGCGGCGCGCCUGUACCGGGCCGGGGAGGAUCCGCUGAGCGUGUUGGCGGCCGGCACGGUGCGGCGAGCGCUGCUCAACUCCUCGGCCGCCUGGGUGGUGCAGUUCUACAGCUCGUCCUGCGGACACUGCAUCGCCUUCGCCCCCACCUGGCGAGCCCUGGCGGGGGACGUCAAAGACUGGGAAUCUGCAAUUAGGAUUGGUGUGCUGGAUUGCGGGGAAGAAGAGAACUAUGAGACAUGCAAGGAGUAUGGGAUUCACUUCUAUCCAACUGUAAGGUUCUUCAGAGCAUUUACAAAGCAGUUUACAACUGGAGAAAAUUACAAAGCAGGAGCAGAUCGUGAGCUGCAAACAGUUCGCCAGAUGAUGGUUGACUUCUUGCAGAACCAUUCCCAAGAGUCAAGACCUCCUGCUUGCCCACCAUUGGAUCCAGUUUCGUCCAGUGAUGUUACUUCUCUCUUCGACAAGAAAACCCCUCAUUAUACUGCUGUUGUGGUUGAAAAUAAUAACUCCUACAUUGGCCGAGAGGUUAUCUUAGAUUUGAUCCAGUAUGAAAACAUUGUUGUAAAGAGAGCACUGAAUUUUGAUAAGUCUUUCCUGGAGAAACUUGGGAUUACCUCAGUCCCUUCAUGCUACCUGAUGCAUCCUAAUGGGUCACACGGGUUGGUUAACAGUCUGAAGCCCCUACGGUCGGUCUUUUCUUCGUAUCUGAAGUCGCUGCCAGGUGUAAGAAAGAAACUUCUUUCACCACUUGAGCUGCCUGCUAAAGGAAACAAAGAGGAGAGCACAGAGAUCAAGCCAUGGAAGGAAUUUGAUAAAUCGAAGUUGUACAUGGCUGACCUUGAAUCUGGAUUGCAUUACCUGUUCCGGGUAGAGCUUGCUACACACAAGAUGCUUGAGGGAGCUGAGCUGAAGACCUUCAAGGAUUUUGUUACCAUUUCUGCCAAGCUUUUUCCUGGCCGUCAGCCUGUGGUGAAGUUGUUAGAGACCUUGCAGGAGUGGCUGGUGAGCCUUCCAUUAGACAAAAUCCCUUAUGAUGCUAUUCUAGAUCUGGUCAACAACAAAAUGCGGAUUUCUGGGAUAUUUCUCACUAAGAGAAUGGAGUGGGUUGGCUGUCAGGGCAGCAGGCCAGAGCUCAGAGGCUAUACUUGUUCCCUUUGGAAGCUGUUUCAUACCCUAACUGUGCAAGCUGCGCUGCGACCAACAGCUCUGAUAAAUACAGGUCUUGAAGACAAUCCCAGGAUAGUGCUUGAGGUCAUGCGGAGAUACAUCCAUCACUUCUUCGGAUGCAAGGCUUGUGCUCAGCACUUCGAGGAGAUGGCGAAGGAAUCCGUGGACUCAGUGCAAACCUUGGACAAGGCUGUUCUCUGGCUCUGGGAGAAACACAAUGUAGUCAAUAACAGACUUGCAGGUGAUCUGACAGAAGACCCCAAAUUUCCCAAAGUUCAGUGGCCAACUCCAGACCUCUGUCCUGCAUGUCACGAGGAAAUUAAAGGGUUGCACAGCUGGAACGAGGCCCAAGUUCUGCAGUUCAUGAAGCAUCACUACAACAGUGAAAAUAUUCUUUAUAAAUACACUGAGAGCCAGACUGACUCCAGUGAUACUGAACUAAAAGAUGCAAGGGAGGAGAAAGACAAAAGCCUGCUGGAGAAACCAGGUGGAAAUAGAGAAGACGUGGUCCUGAACCAGGAACAGAUAAGAGAUUCAGAAUCUAAGCUGUUCAAUACGCUCAUAGGGAAGCAUGGACCUGUCAAGGACAGCAGUAAAAGUGCAUUUGAGUCCGCUAACCAUCAGGAGAGCAGGCAGUCUGUGAUUUUCUUAGGGAUUGGAUUUUCCAACAUAGACAUGAGUCUGUGUGUCGUCCUGUAUGUAGCCUCAUCUUUAUUUUUGAUGAUCAUGUACUUUUUUUUCCGAAUGAGAUCUAAACGGUGGAAAGUGAAGUAUUACCGCUCAUCUGUGUAACUGCUCACGCUGGGAGCCAAGUUGGUUUUGUUGUACAUGGCUGUUCAGAACCAGAUACAACUUUAAUAUUUAUGAUCAGGGAUUUUAUAUACAAUAUUCCUUGUUUUAAAACCCUUUCUUCCCAAGUCAUUUCACAAGUGUUCUAGCUUAAUAUAUGGCGCUUGCUGUAAGAACCCCAAUCUUUCACUCUGAGGCACACAGUGCUGUCAUAAAACACCCAGUGAAGGAAGUGUUGCAUUUUUCAGUGAGGAUUUUUCCAUGACUUACAUCAUUUACUCAUUUGCAGAGUAAGCAUGACUUUAUGCAGUCAGCAUCGCCACCAGUGUAGGUUAUGAGGUCUACUUUAAAUCAGUUCUAAGCCUCUGUGACUUUCUCAAGUAUUACUCACACUGCAUACAUAGAGUAGAAAGCAUCUUCAAGCAGUUCUUCCAUUCCCUCGUGUUGCAGCCAAGGAUGUGUGUGUGCCUCUGCAAGGACAGGAGGCCUGGGGUGAUGUGCAUCUCUGCAAGCAGCCUGAUUGUGUUUGCUGAUGCCAUCAUCCGUUUAAUGGAGUUCAGGUGUAAGCAACAACCAACUCAGACCCGAUGUUUUGUGUGCACCACUGUUGGAUGUAUUAACAGAGCAUUGGAUGACUGAUUUCUGAACUGGAGGAGCAGCUCAGUACUGAAUGUGGUGCUAGCCACGUGCCAAUUCUGGUGGACUCCAGUGAAGGGAAGCACCAUUUUUAGUGAAGGAAACUGAGGCUGUUUGCAUCAGUGUGCCAGAGCAAAUGCUUAGAUGUAGAAAUACUACAUUUCUUACAGUGCUGAAUGUCUCUGUUGUGUCACAGUAAUUGUUCUUCUGGAAGUCAGCAUAAAUGCUUCAUUUGGUACCACCAGCUCUGGGCUCAUGGGAAUGUCACCUGCUGGCUGCAAGGUCUGUGCAGAAGGUACAGCAGCCAACUUCUGUUGGUGGUGUGCUGAGAGCUCUGCUGUGUGGGUCAGGGAGGGUUUGAACUGUAGGUAAGUACAAGAGAUCUUCCAUUGCUGCAUGUGGCAGCAGUGGGGAGUAUGGCCAUUGGCUGUACAGAUCUGACAGGGAUCCCAGCUGACAGCUAUUAGAAGGAGGCAUGAAAACAGUUAUAAAAUUACCAUUCAGAAUAGGAGUUCCUUUCUGAUCUGUGGAGGAUAAUUCAUGUUCUGGGUAGUGAAGUUUAUAAUCCUAUCCAAUGUAAUUGAGUGUGUUCUAGUUAUCCAUUACCUAAUCUUUAGUUAAUCCUAAUAGGUUUUGGCCUCAAUGUUUUCUCGUGGCAGUGAGUUCUACAGAUUAAUUAUGUUAUAUAAAAAGGCUUUUCCUUUCAAUUCUACAUUUCCAACUUUUAAUUUAAUUGAAUGUUCAGUAGCUCUUCUGUUACACGAGGAGUGAGCAGUCCCUGGCCAAUUCAUUCUGUAUUUGUACUGCGUGUGUCAGCCUCUUUCCAUUGUACAUCCCAGCAUCAAAAGCUUCAAGCUCAGCACAAAAACUCAGCAAAAGGUAUUUUUUCAUAACGAAAUUUGUUUAUUUACAAAAUGGAUUUUUUUUCAGACAGGUUUUUCUGCAGCUUCGAACUCCAGUAAUGGAAUUGAGCCGGAUGAACAGUUCCUUUAAGUGUCAAAACAACUUGCAGAUAAGGUAACAACCCCAUGUAGUUGUAAACAUGUCAGGAAAAGCUCUCAAUUCACAUGGUGCUGUUAUUCUGUGCACAUAAGGGGUGUGUUACCUGCAGCCCUGCACAGCCAUCUGUGUGCUGUGAGCUCUGUGCCUGCAGCUGAGCACCUUCUCAUGGCCAUGCUCUGUGUUGGAAGGGCUCUGGUGCAAGGAGACCUUGUGGGUUUCUUUUCUUUAGGAGUUUGUAGGAGUCCCUAUGACUGUAGUGCCUGGGCUUGAGCAUUAAAACAACUUGUAAGCAGGUAGAAGGAUGGUUAACCAAUGGUGGUUGAUCUGUGCCACCCUGCUUUGAGCUGGCAUCCCGUGACAGGUCCCAGGAGCAGAGCUGAUGGGAAAGACCAGACUUGUGAAGUUUAAGCUUGAAAAUCAGUUGACUUCUAACUGACUGUUCGGGGAGAUCUUGCCAACAAUAGAAACUGUUUUGCUUCUCAGAACAAACCAACCAAAAAACUGAACUAAAUCCAGAGGAACAGUAAAAGGCAGCGCAGGGAGAACUGGCUCUGGGAGAUGUGGCAGUUUCCAUGGGACUGCUGGGCUUCCUGCUGCCAGUGGUGUUUUGAAGCAGAACAGUAAUUACUGCUGUUCAGAACUUCCUUUAUGUAUUACAGACCCCAGUUGGUUUGACUCAUUUAUGGUAUUUUCAUCUACAAAGGAAAACAAAAGGCUUUGAAGGUUUGUAGCGGUGAUUCUGCCAUCAGAACAGCAGCAAAUGUGCUGUUGGAAUAAGGUUGUUUUGGUACAUACCAAUAACUUCUAUGACAAAAUGAGCAGACACAUGGAACUGCAUUGGUGUUUUUUGUUUCUUAGCAUAGAAGCACGCAUGAAGGCGUUGGUUUAUCUGUGCUGAUGCUCCCACUUGGUGUUAGCAGCAAGCUGGCGCAGGCUUUCACUUGAGUUGCUUUUACUGCCCUCAUCUGGAAAGGUUUCUUGACUUUGGACUCGGUUGUGUCAACCUUGGUUUACUUGUUCUUAUUUGGUAUCUUUGCCAUGACAGAUGUCAUCAUCCUUUUGUACCCUUUGGUUGUAUACAUGUUUUACAUCUGCUGGGAGAUGUGUGGUGCUGUUGCUGUGCUGGCAGGUGUCACACAGCAUCUCCUUCCUUACAGUGCUUCACACCAUUGUCCCCUUCCUCCUGGGACUUCUGUUUCUGUGCCAUGUACCAACUUGCUGCGAUGCCAUUUCUCUCUGUGGCUCACACCAUCCUUGGAGCAGCCGUUUGCCAUCAGGAUUUCUGGGCCUUCGUAAUUCAUGGAGCUUUCUUUGCUCUUCAGAUGUUUGUGAAGAGGAAAUACUGGACCUGCAUAGAGAGAUAAUGAAAAAGUUGAGUGCUGAAGAACCCCGCUGGCAUCAUUUGUGAGGUCUCUGGUUUACAAUUUCCAGCACUGUUAUCCGUCCUGUUAUUGCUCAGAGCUGACUGUGAUCUAUGAGUGGAACAAAGCUUCCAGGUGUAUUUUCUCCAUCUGUGCACUGCAUAUCAGAUGUUGGGACUAUUGGAUGUAACAGUUCAGUUAUUUAAAUGUUUUAUUUAUUUAGAUUCAGUAAUUGAUGUUUUCAUGUCUGUUCUGUCAGGGGUGUUUUUAAACUCUAGGAAGGAAAAGUGAAUAUUUUGUACCAAACUGUAAGCUGAUGUGCUUGUUAAAAAUACAGACAUUUGGGCAAA